AGAAGAAAGACUCGUUUUCAAAGUUGGGUGUAUCAUCACCAACCCCUGGGGGUUGGUCGAGGUCUCGAGGGGCAGGGCCUUGCAGUUGUUGGCACAGUGGAGGGUAAUAUCGUAAAAAGAGUAGACUAAACAUUGGAAGCAUCGAAUCCUCUAUACACGCACUUCAAAGAGAGAACCCACCACCAGACCAAAUCUAAUUCCUCUGUAAGAGACGAACGAACAUGGCGACGAGUAGUGCGGCUUCUUCUGUAGAUAUGGAAGACAUUCAGACCGUUGAUCUCAUGUCUGAGCUUCUUCGCCGUAUGAAAUGUGCUUCUAAGCCUGACAAACGUCUCGUCUUCAUCGGUCCACCUGGUUCAGGAAAAGGUACACAGUCUCCGGUCAUAAAGGAUGAGUUUUGCUUGUGCCAUUUGUCUACCGGUGACAUGCUUCGAGCUGCUGUUGCUGCUAAGUCCCCUCUUGGUGUUAAGGCCAAGGAGGCAAUGGACAAGGGAGAGCUUGUUUCUGAUGACUUGGUUGUUGGUAUCAUGGAUGAAGCAAUGAACAGACCCAAAUGUCAGAAAGGUUUCAUUCUUGAUGGGUUCCCUAGGACUGUGACCCAAGCUCAGAAGCUUGAUGAGAUGCUUAACAGAAGGGGAGCUCAGAUUGAUAAGGUGCUUAAUUUUGCGAUCGAUGAUUCUGUUCUGGAAGAAAGAAUUACUGGAAGGUGGAUUCACCCUUCGAGUGGAAGAAGCUAUCAUACUAAAUUCGCUCCUCCUAAAGUUCCCGGAGUUGAUGAUGUUACUGGAGAGCCAUUGAUUCAACGUAAAGAUGACAAUGCAGAUGUUCUUAGGUCAAGGCUAGAUGCAUUCCAUAAGCAGACACAACCGGUAAUUGACUACUACGCAAAGAAGGGUAAUCUGGUUAACAUACCAGCAGAGAAGGCCCCGGAAGAGGUUACGAAAGUGGUGAAGAAGGUUGUGUCUACAUGAAAACUGAAAUGAGUUUGAGAAUUGAGAUCUCUCUUUUUUUCUCUCUUAAAUAACUCUCCUGAGGUUUUUGUUUCCCAUCCCGAAUGUCUUUUGUCUUAAGAGCAACAUUUGCUGCAGUUUUGUGCAGUGUUUCACUAAGGUUUAUUGUUUGCGACUGGCAAUGUCAGGUGAGAAAAGGAAAAAAAAAAUGACAGAUAUGUUGGAACAUUGAAAACAUUAGAAUGUGAUAUGAACUUCAUGAUA